ACCUGCACAGGUGCACUGUGGGUUUUGGGAAAACUGGAUCUCCUUGCACCUGAGGGGGUAGAGGGGAGGGAGUGCCUGAGAGCUCAUGAACAAGCACGUGGCCUUGGAUCCGGCUCCAUAAAUACCUGAGGCCCAGAGGGAAGGCCACCCAGAGGCUGACGCACACCAUGGGGCGCCUGCAACUGGUUGUCUUGGGCCUCACCUGUUGCCGGGCAGUGGCGAGUGCCGCGAAGGUAAGAGCCCAGCAGAGGGGCAGGUCCUGCUGCUCUCCCACUCAAUCAGGAAGUUUCUCAGCCUGGAAACUUCAGGCCAGGCUGAGAAAGAGAGCCCAGCACAGCCCCGCAGCAGAUCCUGGGCACUCACUCUCAUUUCUAUGGGGACAGGUGCCAGGUAAAACACAGGAUGCCCAAUUCCAUUUAAAUUUCAGAUAAACUGCAAAGAACUGCUGUGUAAGUAUGUCCCAUGCGAUAUUUGAAACAAAUCUAUAUGGGCCGGGCACGGUGGCUCACGCCUGUAAUCCCAGCACUUUGGGAGGCUCAGGUGGGUGGAUCACUUGAGGUCAGGUGUUGGAGACCAGCCUGGCCAACAUGGUAAAACCCCGUCUCUACUAAAAAUACAAAAAUUAGUCAGGUGUGGUGGCCUGUGGCUAUAAUCCCAGCUACUCGGGAGGCUGAGGCAGGAGAAUCGCUUGAACCUGGGAGGUGGAGUGUGCAGCGGGCCAAGAUCACGCCACCACACUGCAGGCUGGGUGACAGAGCAAAACUCUGUCUCAAAAAAUAAAAAACAAAAAGGAAAAAAUGAAACAUAUACCAAAAAACAAUUCACUGUUUACCUGAAAUUCAAAUGUAAUUGGGCUUCUUGAAUUUGCAUUUGCUAAGCCUGGUGAUCCCAUCUACCAACCUCUCUGAUGGCGACCUUGUUCCCAUUUUACAGAAGGGGAAACGGGCCCAGGGGCAGGGAGUGUGGAGAGCAGGCAGACGGGGUGGAGAGAGGCAGGCAGGCAGUUUGCCCAGCAUCGCACAGCUGCCACCUCCUAUUCCUGUGCAGGAACUUGAAAGCCGGGCUAUUCCACACCCGGGUCCGUGUCCCUCCAGAAAGAGCCGGCAGGCAGGAGCUCUCUCGAGGCAUCCAUAAAUUCCGCCCUCUCUGCCUGUGAAGGAGAAGCCACAGCAACCCCAAGCCCCACAGGAAGCCGGUGUCGGUGCCCAGCCCAGUCCCUUCCCCCAGCAGGAGUCACACAGGGGACCCCAGAUCCCAACCAUGCUGUUCUGCCGCCUGCUGUGUCUCAGGCCCUGGGGACUCCUCUCUCCACCUCUGCUGCCUGCUCUCCACACUCCCUGGCCCUGGGACCUUGAGGUUUGGGCAGUGGUCCUGGGCUCCUGACUCAAAGGAGAGGUCACUCUUCUUCGGCGAGCUCUUCUUGGGGUGCUGAGAGGCCUUUGGCAGGUCAACACAACCCCUCCCCAUUCUCCCACCCUGAGGCCCUCAGGCUGGAGAAGCCAAACAAAGCAAGCCCCAUGGCCCUGCUGGAAGCAAAGUCUGCUGUGCUGGGCCCAGUGACAGCCGGGCCCCGCCUGCCUCAGCAGCCACUGGGUCCUCUAGAGGCCCGUCCAGGGGUCUGGAGGGCAAUGCAGACCUCGCACCAUUUUUGGCUGAUGGACUGGAACCCAGCCCUGAGAGAGGGAGCUCCUUCUCCAUCAGUUCCCUCAGCGGCUUCUAAGUUUCCUCCUUCCUGAUUCAGGCCCAGCAAAGAGAGAGGAGAGGGAGGGGCUGCCGCUGAAGAGGACAGAUCUGGCCCUAGACAGUGGCUCUCAGCCUGGUGACAUGUGGCAGGCCUGGAGACAUUUGUGAUUGUCACGGCUGGGGAGGGGGUGCUCCUGGCACCUCGUGGGUCGAGGCCGGGGAUGCUUUAAACAUCCUACAGGGCACAGGAUGCCCCCGAUGGUGCAGAAUCAACCCUGCCCCAAGUGCCCAUAGAUCAGAGAAGGGAGGACAUAGCCAAUUCCAGCCCUGAGAGGCAAGGGGCAACUCGGGGGAAGUGGAAGGUACAAGAAUCUGCUGGACCCAUCCCAGGAGAAUAAGAAGAAGACUGUGGUGGACUUUGAGACUGAUGUCCUCUUCCUGAUGCCCACCGAGAUUGCCCUAGCCCAGCACAGAGCUAACGCCAAGAGUGCCAAGACCUACACCUACCUGUUUUCCCAUCCAUCUUGGAUGCCCGUCUACCCCAAGUGGGUGGGGGCCGACCAUGGAGACGACAUCCAGUACAUCUUUGGGGAGCCCUUCGCCACCCCCACGGGCUACCAGCCCCAAGACAGGACAGUCUCUAAGGCCAUGAUCGCCUACUGGACCAACUUUGCCAAAACAGGGACCCCAACAUGGGCCACUCGGCUGUGCCCACACACUGGGAACCCUACACUACGGAAAACGGCGGCUACCUGGAGAUCACCAAGAAGAUGGACAGCAGCUCCAUGAAGCAGAGCCUGAGAAUCAACUGCCUGCGCUACUGGACCCUCACCUAUCUGGCGCUGCCCACAGUGACCGACCAGGAGGCCACUUCCAUGCCCCCCACAGGGGACUCCGAGGCCACUCCCAUCCCCGCCACAGGUAACUCCGAGUCUGCCCCUGUGCCCCUCACAAGUGACUCCCAGGCUGCCCCGGUGACCCCCUCGGGUGACUCUGAGGCCUCCCCCGUACGCCCUGUGGGUGACUCUGAGGCCACCCCCAUGCCCACCUCGGGUGACUCUGAGGCUGCCCCUGUGCCCCCCACAGAUGACUCCAAGGAAGCUCAGAUGCCUGCAGUCAUUAGUUUCUAGCAUUCCAUGAGCCUUGGUCUCAAGAGUCCGAAAGGGUGCGACCCCAGGGGCUCCCUCCCGUCUUGAGCUCUUCCUGAAUAAAACCUCAUUCUCCUGU